AUUCAAUUAAGUGAAGUAGUAAAAAAUAUUUAAAAGUUUUCAAAGACAAUUGUCCACACCCUAUAAUUUUCAAAAUGUCUCUCGGUCUUAUGAUGAACAAUAACUGGGAUCGAAUAAGCAUGACUUCUCCACAGCUUCAAGCGUACAAGAAUGAGAGACCAGUGUACAGUACGCCACAUCCAGUUCAGAGCACUCCAGCCAACAACGAAUGCAAACUGGUAGAACUGAGAGGAGUCAAUAUUGCAAGUUUUAUGAUCGGCGGCGAAGAGUUCAUUUGCUUGCCACAGGUUUUUGACCGAUUUCUCAAACAUCUUGUCGGAGGAUUGCACACAGUUUAUACCAAACUAAAAAGGCUAAAUAUCGCCCCAGUUGUUUGCAAUGUCGAACAGGUUCGUGUUUUGCGUGGACUUGGUGCCAUUCAGCCGGGCGUCAACAGAUGUAAACUCAUUACACGAAAAGACUUCGAAACUUUGUAUCAGGACUGCACCACUGCAAGUCGUCCAGGUCGUCCUCCGAAACGAUAUCCGAUUCUUCCACCAACUGAACUUAUGAAUCACCACCCAGGAGCUCGAUCAAUAAAUCCAGCUAGGGGCAUCAUGGGAGCGGCUGACCUCAGUAAUUUCCAUAAACGAAUGAGAUUAGAUCACGAAGCAAAUUUUCACCAGCCUACACAGCCAGAAAGAAGAAUGAGUACCAGCCCUACAAGAAGAAGUCCACCUACACCCAGAAAAUAUUCUUCAGGUCCAGGGGCAGAUGAUCUUUACACAAAUGCUAACAUUUACAUACAGCAAGCCAUACGAAACCACUACCAUCAGAUUAUUGCGAAUGGAAUUCACAAUGGACUCAACCUACAGCAUACUCAAAUGAACGCAGCACUUGCACCCCUCAUCGGAAUGUCAAAUCCAGCGUUGUUCAAUGGUGCCAUUCCGCCGAACAUUCUGAGUCAAUUCAACGAAAUGGCAAGGAAUCCUUCAAAUGAAGAGGCUGCAAGUUCGGGAACGAACUCGGGAGCUGAUCGCGACCAAUCCUCACCAAUACAGAACAAAGAUGACAUGGAUCAUUCAGGAGGAUCGCCAUAUCGUUCAGGAGGAAAUAGAAACUCUCCAUCGUACGAAGAAUCAAAACUUCAUCCAUUUCAUAAACCAAAAAUUGUCGACCGUGAAAGCUCGAAUGAACGAAGACAAUCAAGAAGUGAUGUUGACCGCCAUCUAGAUAUGUGCAAAAGAGAAGAAUCACCUCGUUCUAUUGGAUCACCAAUGGAACGCAGAAGCAUUGGAAAUAUCAGUGUCUCUUCCUUCCAUUCACACAAGAUGCCAUCUGAUGCAGAUAGAGAUAACGACCGCCGCCAGUCCUACCCUGGUGAUGAUAUCGAUGUCUUUGAUUCUCAACAUAUAAACGGACAAGAAUUCAACAAAACCAAAGAGGAAUCCGAUGCCCUUCCCGAUUCGCCGGUCGAAAAUGGGAGUGAUUGGCGUCCAGAACAUUCAGAAAAUCCGAUCAAUGGUGCCGCCAGUAUUUCUUCGAUGCAGACUUUGCUGAACAACAUUCAAGGAUUGCUAAAAGUAGCAGCAGAUAACGCAAAGCUACAAGAUAAACAAUUAUCUUUUGAAAUCGCUGAACUGAAGAACAGAAUAACCAAAGAACAAGAAAUGAGAGCUGAGGUUCAAAGAAAACUCGAAGAGAGCGAAAGAAUACGAGCCUCAAUACAAAGAAAAUUGACCCGUGAGAGAGAAGCCAUAAAACAUCUUCAAGAACAAAACUUAAACGCACAGGAUAAAUGGCAACAAGGAAAUGUAAAAUCCCCAAUGAAUGAUAAUGAUCGAACCUCAUCAGUUGAUGAACAGCAUUCUCCUGUUGCUCAGAGAGAAUUAUCGCCAGUACUUGCAGGCAGACAUUUCACAUCUGACAACACCAAUGCUGCCAAUAUCCAAGCCUCAACAGCCAUAACGCCGACAGAAUUUUCUCCAAUGUCAUCAUCACCAUCUGUCGUAUCACCAGGCAGUACAGGAGAAUGCUCAGCAACAUACUGGAAUUCGUCUCGUUCGUUAGUUGCCGAACACACAAACACAGCAGCUGACAUUACUAAUAACAGCAACAGAACACCGUCUCCAAACCAACCUUCAUCUCCUAUAAAUAUGUCGACUACCGGUGAAAGAAAUUGGAUGCCACACGCCCUCGUCCAGUCGACUCCUUGCGCCAAGUGAAAAGACAAUUUCAACACAAGAAUGAUACUAGAUUUGCCAGCCUGGGCCUUUAGUGUGAAGUAAAUGCAAGUGUGCUGAAGUAUAAAUACUGUCAGAUGACCAGUGCAGCGAAACAAAAGAGAGGGUUUGCGAAAGACAAUACCGAAUUCUCAGACUCUUAUAGCACUGCGGUUCGUCGGAUAAUUUUGAGCACUCAACAAAAAAUCAUUGUAUACCCGAGAACGACACCGAUUACUGUCUAGUGAGAUUUUUCAAGUCACUGGUCUGUUUGCAUCAAAAAUAUUGAGUUCUUUCUUUGAGAUAGCGGAAUAAUAUGGCUUGAACUGAUUUUGUUUGAUUUUUUUUUUUGUUUGUGCAAUAAAGAGAUGAAAAUAACCAAUAAUAUAAUAAUUUGAACGCAGUAUGCCAAGUUGAGAAAUUUCGAAAGAGCAAUUUUAGUAUAACUUUCAGACAAAUGAUAAAUUUAAACCAAUAAUUCAACCGUGCAUUCCAGAGCAACUUAUUUUAUACGCAACAAUUCCGGAGUUUUUAUAAUGAAUGAAUGUGAAUACGACCAGAUCAAAUAAAUGCCCUCACUUCAAUUAAUCGUUCAGCUUCCGAAACAUUGAAAAAAAAUGAUUUUAAAUCACAUGAAAACGUGUCUUUAUGUAUAGCUGUAAAAUUUGAAAGUUUUUGUAAUAUAUAUCAACAAAACGUCUA